UCCAUAACAAAUCAAAAACUAUUUCGAAAAACAUGGCUAAAUUCUUGCAAAUCCUUUUUGUGGCCUUCUUGGCUGUGGCCUUGGUUGCCGGUGAACCAAGACGUUUCCAAGGAAGACGUAAUCGUUUCUUGGCUCGCCAAGAAGUUGAAGAGCCUGUUACUCCUUAUCCCACGGCUGAUGAAUUGAAACCUGAGGUGCCAUUCGAUGAAGCUGUUGCCUCCGAAGGACAAGUUCCAUUCGGCACUGCUGCCACUGAAGGAGAAGGCACCUUUACAGCUGUAGCUGCUGGCAGUGAAACUACCUUUACAUCUGUGGCUGGACAAGGUCCCCUUACCCCUGUUGGAGGACAAACUCCCCUUACCCCUGUGGAUGAACAGACUACCUUCACAACUGUGAAUGCUGAUGGAGAAACUACCUUUACUGCUGCUGGAAGCGAAACUACCUUUACAUCUGUGGCUGGACAAGCUCCCCUUACCCCUGUGAACGGACAAACUCCCCUUACCCCAGUGGCCGGACAAACUCCCUUCACCUCUGUUGCUGGCCAAAGUCCCUUCACCCCCGUCGCCGGACAAGCCCCCUUCACACCUGAUGAGGUUUAUGGCCCACCAGAGGAAGAAAGUUUCCCCGCUCGUUUGACUGCCCGUCGUGCUGGUGCCCGUAGAGUUGCUGUUCGCCCCGCCAAGUUGCGCAAACCUGUUCGUGCUCAACCAGCUAAGCUGCGCAAGGCUGCCCCAGCUCGUCUCCAAGUCCAACCACAAUAUGUUCCCCAACCCCUUUUCUAUUACAUUGCCCAUUAAUACGGAGGAGAAUAGCGAACCAAAAAGGAUGAACCAUAAAAAAAUGUUAGUCAUGUUGCCUUAAAUUUUUAUGAAAUUUUAAUAAAAUAAAUUGUUGCAAAUAACA